GCCUCCCGCCGCGCCCGCCCGCGCGGCGCCGCGCGCGAUGUCGGUGGUCGGCAGGCUGCGCCCGGCGCUGCUGCGGGGGGGCGCGGCGGCCAGCGCGGCGGCCCUGGGGGCCGCGUACUACCAGCGCCUCCCGGAGAGCCACGGAGACCACAGGAGCGCGUGGUCAGAGGGCACGGGCACGCGCGUCUACCGCACCUUCCUGUGGCCCCUCGUCGCGCAGCUCGACCCCGAGGACGCGCACCUGGCCGCCCUCCGCGCCGGGCAGGCCUGGCAGGCCGCGCGGGCCUGCCUGGAGGCCCUCAAGGAGCUCCCCCUGGCGUGGCUGGUGCUGCCGGCGCCGUCGCAGUCGGUGCCGUCGGGCCCGGCGCUCCGGCAGGCGCUCUUCGGCGGCCGCCUUUGCUUCGAGAGCCCCGUGGGCCUCGCGGCCGGCUUCGACAAGAACGGGCUGCUGGUGCCCCUCUACCGCCUGGGCGCCCUCCCGGGCCUCGGCUUCGCCGAGGUGGGCUCCGUGUCCGCGCAGCCCGCCGCGGGCAACCCGCGGCCCAGGUGCUGGCGCGUGCCCUCCGACGAGGCCGUCAUCAACUUCAUGGGGCUGAACAACGACGGGGCCGAGGCCGUCGCGGAGCGCCUCGCGGCGGGGGCCGCGCGCGGCGGGGCGCCCGUCGGCGUGAACAUCGCCAAGACUCACAGCCCGUCCAUCCUGGGCGACGAGGCCGUGCAGGACUUCGUGGCCAGCUUCCGCCGGCUCGCUCGCCACGCGGACUUCGUGGUCCUCAACGUCUCCUGCCCGAACACCACAGAGGGCAAGACCUUCGAGGAGCCGUCCGCCUUGCGCGGGCUGCUGGAGGCCAUCGCGCGGGAGCGGCCCGGGGCGGCGCCGCCCGUGCUGGUGAAGCUCGUCGCGCCGCCCGACACACCCGAGGGCCGCGGCCGGCUGCGCGAGCUCGUGGGCGUGCUGCAGGCGUCCGGGGCCGUGGACGGCCUCGUGCUCUCGAACACGGUGCCC